CUUACGGCCAUCAACAGUCGACCAAGAGGAGGUGAAGCGGGCGGUUCGUUGGGCAGCGCUUCGACCCAAAAUUGGUUGGUUGAAUCAAAAAAGGACGACGCAGAUUGUAUUUCCUCCUCGACUUGUGGCGGACAGUGUCUUACACGCGUGAAAAGCGACCCGGCCGAAAGAGAGAGAGAGAAUUCACGCCAGCAGACAUUUUCUAUUUCAGCGCCACCAGUUAUGGGAGUGUAAAAGAAGUUUGACAUCAUCUGCUGGCCGUUGCGCGAAGAUUUGCUUGUUUGGUCUAUUCAUUCACAAGGUGAGGAGCAAAGACCCUGCGAAUACAAGAAGAAGAAGAAGAAGAGGCUGCUGCUGGUGUACAGUGGGCGGAGUGGGAGGUGAAUCGUAGAUAGGUAUAGGAAACCUAACCUGCCCAGUUGUUGUUUUGUGUGUCUUCGUUUGGUCUAACCCGACACACAACGGAGAAACAUCAUCCUCUUCUCUCUCGCUCUUCUCGCAUUGGCGGCGAUGAAAUGACUUCACCUUGGACAGCGGCUGUACGAUAACGCGUCGUGUGUGUGUGUGUGUGUUUCUUUGACUGGGCGGAUGAUUCAACCCGCGUCCCGAUAAAGACCGGCUGGCCGUUUUGUCUCUUUCACGCAAAAGUGGCGCGCUCCUUGUUGUACCUCAUUCGAUCGAAAAAAGAGAAGACUUCAAGUUCAAUGUCAUCAUCUCAUCGGCUGGUUAUUGUCCUGUGAACGGACCCCCCCACACCAAAAAAAAAGACGAGGAAAACUCGCAGGUGUCGUGGCCGUGUGAAUCCAUCGGUGCGCCGCCCUUAUCGAUCCGCGAUAUUAUUGAGAGGGGGGAAAACUUAGAAAAUCUCCUCGGCUUUUAUUUUCGGUGUGUGUGAAAAAUGAACAUUCCUCCAGCAGUAGUUGAACAUUCCCAUCGAGUGUUGGCUGACGUGACUCGACCAGCAGCGCGGUGGCGUGUUCACGGUGUCCGGCUGGGUUAGCAGCGGUCGGCCUUCCGACUAGCAACUACUUGGAUCGUGAAAAUUUUAAAAAUAAAAAAACAAAGUGUUUCCCUCCAAACGAAAUUAACCAAAAAAAAAGUAAUAAAAAACUUUUAAGUGAAGUGAACUGAAAAAUGCAUUUGAUCGAGUCGACAAAGACGUCGGCGGCAACAUCCGGCAGUUGCCCGGAAGCCCCGGCUACUGGCGGCGAAGGCCAACCGAAAAGGCAGCAGCCUCACCUGUUGCCUGGCGUUUCGUCGGCUGGCCGGAAUCAUAAAAAUUCCCGUCCGUGGGAUUACGACACGGAGGAUAGUGGCGUGGACAGCGUGAGCAGUUUGGCCGGCCUGGAAGCCGACAACAGUGCUGGCCAUCCGACGACGACAGUGUCCAACCAGAAGACGAGUAGCGUCGAGUACUCGGCUGUGAUAGUCAACAACAACAACAAAGUGAACAACGCAACUGUUGCUGCUGCUGACGCCGUGAGCAAACAGCAACCGGUCCAGCAAAGAAAAUCCUUCCUGCACACGUCCGUCUACGGCGGCGUCCAGCGAUCAUCUCCUCCGGACUCCGGCACCAGCAAAAACUUGUUCCGGAAGAAUGUGACCAACAAAGUUGUUUCGAAAAAAGGACACGGUGUCGUCAACCAGGAGUUGCAGAGUGACGGGCGAGCCCUGGACUCGGCCAAGAACCACUUUCUGCACAGUUUGCUGGACGAUGAGGUCAGCAAGGCCGUCCGAUCGUCCGGAGGAGAAGACGUGCUGCUGGAAUCUGAAUCCGCUUCAUCAACGUCGGCCGCUUUAGAUUUGCUGCCCGAGCUGGUCCAGCUGCUGGACGCCAACCGGGUGAUGGACGGCGGUUUGAUUGAGCUGAUCGGGCGAGACGGGACGAGGGCCAGUCUCCGUGUGACCUUGGCCAGUCAGUCCACCACCUCCGCCUCGGCCGUGAUGACCUCACGCAAAAACAGUUUCAAUACGCGUCUGCACCGCAACUCGAAACGCUCAUCUCAACGUCGUUGCCACAAACCACCUGCAGAAGUUGUUGUUGUUGCAGAAACAGCAACAACAGCAACAACUGCCAACAACAAGACGGCAUCCGCUCCGUCCAACAACAACUUGUCCAGCGGCGGCGGCGGUAGUGCGGGUAGUUUUAUUACCGGCCAGCGGCCCCGCAGCGUCCGUCGGCGACCUUCGUUAUCAUCGUCUUUCCAUAAAAAAGUUGUGCCCGGCUUCAGUGUCUCGAUGGCCAUACCCCCCAGCAAAGUGGCCAUUUUGGCCUCCAAAUUCAAUUCGCUCAUCAACGAGAGUCGACGGAGUAGCGCCGCCGCAGCCGCCAACGCCAACAACAAUAACAACAACAACAACACCUUACACCCUGGCCCGGAUGCUGAUGAUAAGAAAUUAUCAACAAAUGACCGGCCGGUGCUGGAAUCGACGAUCCCGGCACUUCCUAUCUCAUCGACUUGGUCGUGGCGUUUAGUCGGGCCGACAGCCAGCGAGUCGCUCGCAGUUUCCAGCACUAAGCGCAACAACAACAACAACAACUUGGCGUCAAGCGUCGGCAGGUCCCGACCGAUUGAUACCAUUCCCGAAUUAAUUGAUCCGCCACCGGAACAACCGAUCCAGCCAGCCAAAUCCACUCACGCCGACUACGGGAAACCGAGACGAAAGAGUCACGAUCUCUCUCAACCUUACGGCGGACGGAGUCAUCCGGUGGCCAGGCCGCUGCCUUCCGAUCCGGCGGGAUCGCUGAAAAAUCGUGAAAGUGUCUACGGCACGGUGAUGAGCAUCGUCAAACAGGCCAUCCGCAAAUUCGAGAAACUGGAAGACGGAAAGACGCCGAUCGCUGGGGUGGAGUCGAGCAACAAUGACAACAACAAUCCAUCGGCUUCGAUGACGCCAAUGUCCGUCGAUGGAGCCACGUCUUCCUGCUACUACUACCAGGAGCCGGCGGCCGUGAUUCCGGAAGGCAUUGAGCCCAACAAUUCCUUUUUGUGGCGGGAUCAAAAGAGUAUGCAGAAUCUGAUCUACGAGGCGACCAGUUUCAGCGAACGGACGGCCACGUCACUCACAACGGGCAGGGGGGGUCUCCAUCCGGACGCGUGCAACUAUUACGAGAUGGGCAGCAGCAAAUACGACACGCUCCGGUCACGCCGAUCCAACGCCUACGACACUUUGCACCACCGGAAUCAAAGCAAAUCGUCGUCGUCGUCUUCAUCCAGCGGCUACGACGAAAUCCGGUCGCCUGACAGUUUGACGUCGAAUCCGUCGGAUCCGGCGACUUCCGUCAAGUACGACGACAUCAAACUGACGCCCAAUUGCGUUGUGACUUACGACGAACUGUCGUACCUGACCGGGCGGAGGCAAUCCAACGGCUACGACGAACUGAUGCGAUCGCCUCUGUCCACAACGUCUUCCGGCGGAUACAUCGAUCCGGGAAGCAGCUCGGCUUUGGGAUACGAAAGGAUCUUGCCGCCGGAAGAUCAGAGACGUCAUCACGCAACUGCCGAGCAGACGGAUGCAGACGAAGACGGAAGUACCUUACGAUACGAAGAAUGCGGAUCACCUUCCGGCGUCAUCCAGUCGUCUUCUUCUCCCAUCACCGUCACAGCUCUUCCGGCCAUUGUAUGCGAAGAUCAGCUGGACAGUAUCAGCUACCUGUACGACGACAUCCGCACGGUGGGCAGGGGCGACGGAGGAGGAGGCUACGGCGGAUGUUACGGCGGAUCGAAUCACUCGUACGAACCCAUUUACGCUCACCUGGGCGAAGGGACCAGUAAAAUGGAAUCGUCCAACUCGACUUGUUCGUUAUCUUCUACCUCGGUGGCCGGACCAAACGACAAAUCCAGCGACACUCUCUCGGACUCAUCAGAGGAGGGCGUGCAUGAAGUUUGUUCCUACAAAUUAACCCAGCUGGGCAAUGGUGCGGUACCGGAUUCGCCUGCGCCCAGUUUGGCCGGAACCUCAACGUCAACACGAACGGGAGCCGAGCGACGGAGCGAAACGAGCGACGAAUGGAUCGACAUUAGCGAUCCGGAUGAGCCGGCCUGGACUGUAACGCGCAUUCGACAAAGGCACGAAGUGACCAACGCUUCCUUCGUUCGAAGAGGACAUCGUGCCAGCCGUCGUAAACUGUCCAUCCCGAAGGCGAGUGGCCAGCAAUCGUGGUCUCAAACGAUGCGUACCCUAGUCAAGAAUGGAUUCAACAAGGCGACUACCCUUUCAAAGCGAUCCGGUAAAGACAUCCAGCGCCAACAAGAACAACGGAACAACGACGUCAAAUCUUCAUCGGCCAGCAACCCAUCGGCGGCGGCGUCGGUGGCAUCCAAAGCGGCCAUUUAUUCCGACGCUGGGCCUGGGACUGCUGCUGGUGCUGCUGUUAUUCAGUUGACCAAGUCAUCGGCCAGGCGGCUACCUUCGGCCGAAACGGAAGCCAGCGGAACGGGUAGCAGCCAAACGUGGGAGGACUACGGUGAGAGCGAUGGAGACGAUCUAGUCGACGACCAUCACUACGAGGCCCUUUACGAAGUGAUUAAUCCGCGGUUGCAAUCCAGCAGCGGAGCCGCAGCGACGCAUUUGGAUCACAAUGACGACAGUUUUGACGACUCGUUUGAUUCGGACGAUGCCUUUGAAGAGGUCGUCGUACGAGGACUGGAUGCGAUAUCCGAUACGUCGAGAGAGCGGCCUGGAUCGAGAUCGGGUUCGGAGCGCUCGAAAGAAAGUGAGGAUCCAUCACUACGAUCGAGUCAAGUGAAAAUCGGUCGGUUCGCCGAUUUGGCCGGCGAACAAAUGCGCCGAUUGCGUCGCAAUUGGACCACGACCAAGACGGACAUUGGCAAAUCCAUCACGCGCAUCAAGAAGAAGAGCACGGCCAGUGUGGCCGAUUUGAGCGAAGUUUUUAAACCCUCGGCGUCGGCGUCGAGACGUGAAGUUUCUCCGGAGAAGAGCCCCAACGGCCAGAAAGAAUUGCCUUCGCCAUCACCUCCGUCUCCUCCUCCUCAAGAGAUCCGGCCCAGCAGUCACGUCGAAGUUCAAAAGAAGAAAGGCACUUGGGCAAUGCGCCAAAUCCGCCGGCGGAUGACUGUCGUGUCGUCACCGAAUUACGGCGCUGGCAACAAAGAAAAAGCCUCGACUUUCUACCUGACGUUGACCAUCGAAAAGCCCGCACAAGUCAAUGCCAAUGGCAAGAGUCCGGCAGUCAGUGAAACGUCCAGUCCGGAACCCGUUUCCACGCCCAGUCCCGUGCCACCUUUAAUUAGUCCAGCAGAUUCUUCCAAAGUGCCCGUUCGUCCAAAGAGGAUAUCAUCCGCCUAUGCUCUUGGAUCGCAAUACCAAUCGACCGUUCGACCCAAAACGGCCCCACCUGCUCCACCUGUCAAAUCGCCGUCCCAGCAGCAACAAGCGGCGGCCGAAUCGGCAAUGGCCGCUUCGCCACCUCCAUUGGCCAGCAUUCCGGCUAAAAAGCCGCUCUCCCGGCUCCCGACGGCCUUCAGUGAGAGCCGAAUAGCCGCCGAACGGUCCGUCUUGAUGGACGAAUAUCAGUCGAUGCAUUACAGCGACAUUGCGUUCGUUACGCCCGGCCAGAAACACAACGGCCCACCUCCAUCAUUGAGCACACCCUACAGUCGACUGUCGAUGGCCAGCGUGACUUCCUCCCGCCAUUCGAACGAAACUUACAUGGGCGUGGGCGAUUUGGCGUCGGCUCCCGAACGUUCCACCGUGCCAGACGAUGUCCGCAAUUACUUGGAUCUCCAAUCGCCAAUCGAGACGGAAGAAUUGUACAUUAGCAGCCAUUUUGCGGACGAGCCGCUCUACCAAUUCUACACGGCUGCCAUCAUCGAGCGGGCCACGCAGAAUCAAGGCGACGGGAGCGAAGAGGACGACUACGAGGUGAUUGGUGAACACCGUCGCAAAGAAGAAGAAGAAUUCCAGUCUGAUUAUAACAAAGGGAAUAACGCCAAAUUACCAACAGCCAUGGAACUGGUGAUGCCAUCGAGUGGUCGCAGGACAUUGUGGUGCGAAUUACCGCAGGUCAUCAACAGCGGCCUCUUAGAAACCAUUUCUCCGCAGCAGCGCAAACUCCAAGAGGCCAAAUUCGAGUUGAUCACUUCAGAGGCGUCGUACCUGCGCUCGCUGAACGUGUUGACGACGCACUUUAUUCAGAGCCGUGAAUUCGCCGGUGAUGCCAACAGCGAGGCGUUGCUGUCACGGCUGGAACGCCACACCCUUUUCUCCGACAUUGUCCCGGUGCGCGAGUGCUCGGAGGCUCUUCUGGCCGACCUGGAACAACGUUGGCAAGAGAACGUCUUCAUCCGCGAAAUCUGCGACAUCCUCCUGGAACACGCGGCCAAACAUUUCGAAGUUUACAUCAAGUACUGCACCAAUCAGCUCUACCAAGAGCGAAUGCUCAGAGACCUCAAGGAGACCAAGCCGCAGUUUGUGGAUUGUCUGCGUCGAUUGGAGUCGAGUCCCGUUUGCCAAUCAUUGGCCAUGCACAGUUUCCUGAUGUUGCCGAUGCAGCGCAUCACUCGACUGCCGCUCUUGGUCGAUGCCAUUUUUCAUCGGCUGGAGAGCGGCACGCCCGAAUUCGAACGCUGCCGUAUGACUCUGGCCACUCUGAACAAGAUAGUGCAAGAGUGCAACGAGGGGGCCCGCAAGGCCGAGCGGAUUCACGAAAUGCUGGUGGUGUCCAAUCAGUUGGAUUUCGCCGACGUCAAGGCCAUUUCGGUCAUGUCCGCUUCGCGAUGGUUGGUCAAGAAAGGCGAGAUGCAGCGUCUCAUGUGGCGUGACAUUGACGCCCGGCUCACGUUCGGACGCAAAAUUCAUAAGCAGACCGUCUACGUCUUUCUCUUUACCGACCUCUUGGUCAUCACCAAAAAGAAAGGGGAGGAUUCUUAUGCUGUUCUCGACUAUUGCCCUCGCAAUAUGGUUCAAGUGGAUGAGCACAUCCGCACGGAAAAACCAAUUGGUAAACCAGGAUCCGAGUUGGGAAAGAAUUUGAUCCUUUUGACGAUGCUUCAAAACCACGAAAAUAAAACUCUGGAAAUGAUCCUUUCUUGCUCGUCGGAAUCUGAUCGAACUCGAUGGCUGGAAGCCGUUACUCCGCGAACGUCUGAUAAUCCGGAAGAAAAGAUUUACGAGGAAUGGGAUUGUCCUCAAGUCCAGGCCAUACAUCCUUACGUUGCCACUCAGCCGGAUGAGUUGUCCCUGGAAGUGGCUGACGUCGUCAACGUUCUCCGUAAAAUGGCCGAUGAUGAGGAGGAUGAUGGCUCAUGUCAAGCUGAUGAAAUGACUGCGCUUUGAGAUGAUGGGUUAUGUAUAACACACGCUGCUGGGUGUAUAACCCGUUAAUAACUUAGGUAUUUGCCAUCAGAGCUUUGUGUAUAGUUUAACUGCAUGUGUCUGCAUGAUCUCUCCCCAUGCGAUAGAAAAAGAACAAAGUGAAAGUCCCUGCUUCUUGUAUACCAAUCUUGAUGGAUCCCGUACGUGGUAUAAUAGCUCUUUUUUCAUCGGAAAAGAACCCCCUUCUCUAAUGGAUUAGAUUUAUAUAUUUGGUGCGUCUAUUUAUUGUUGACAAGUGCUUUCUUAUCCAGUUUUUUUUCUUCUUCUGCGCAUCAGCCCAUUUUCGAUUUCUUUUCAUGUCAUACCUGAUUUGCAACACAAGGGGCCGGUAGACGAGAGAGAGAGAGAAGUGAAAACUUUUGGCACUCGGCAUUUCUUUUUAAAUUUAGAAUUUUCCCUUUUCGUCCCCCCGUCCUGUCUCUGCUCGUGCAUGUGUUUACCCCAGAUGGCGUUUGGUGUCCUCGUUGUCGUAACGAUUUCUCGUUGCUCGGCGCUUUUAGUUAUAAUAGUCAAGAAGCUUUUAUAUGUCUUUUCCAUUCAAUUUUGAUCCUACCCAAAAAAAGCUAACACGCUUCUUUUUUUUUCGUGAUUACUCCCGUCAAAACUUGAUGUCGGGCUUCUGUGUUAUGAUGGUGA